UUCUCUUCUUAAUAAACUUUUUUUUCUCCCUCUAAACUCACAAAGAAUCUCUUCUUUUUUUUUCAUUUCAAGAUGACUCCUAAUGUUGUUGGACGUGCAAACAAGGGUGCCACUGGUUUAGCCAAGGCUGCAAGUUUGCCCAGCCGUGCCUAUGUGACAUUCUUGGCAGGGAACGGGGACUAUGUGAAAGGUGUGGUUGGUUUGGCUAAAGGGUUGAGGAAGGUGAAAUCUGCUUACCCUCUUGUGGUGGCAGUUUUACCUGAUGUCCCAGACGAACACCGCCACAUACUCAUCAACCAGGGCUGCAUCGUCCGGGAGAUCGAGCCGGUUUAUCCUCCUGAGAACCAGACACAGUUUGCUAUGGCUUAUUAUGUUAUCAACUACUCUAAACUCCGCAUCUGGGAGUUUGUGGAGUAUAGCAAGAUGAUAUACUUGGAUGGAGAUAUCCAGGUGUUUGAGAACAUAGACCACUUGUUUGACUUGCCAGAGUCCUAUUUCUACGCCGUGAUGGACUGUUUCUGUGAGAAGUCUUGGAGCGAUAGCCCACAGUACAAUAUUGGGUACUGCCAACAAUGCCCAGAUCAGGUCCAGUGGGCUGAAGAGUUAGGCCCAAAGCCCAGUCUUUAUUUCAACGCGGGCAUGUUCGUAUUUGAGCCCAGUAUCCCUACUUACGAUGACCUUUUGAAGACCCUUAAAGUUACCCCUCCAACAUCUUUUGCUGAACAGGAUUUCUUGAACAUGUUCUUCAGGGACAUUUACAAGCCAAUUCCAAAUAUUUACAACUUGGUUUUGGCCAUGCUGUGGCGACAUCCAGAGAAUGUAGAGCUUGACAAGGUGAAAGUUGUUCAUUAUUGUGCAGCAGGGUCCAAGCCAUGGAGAUACACAGGAGAGGAAGAGAACAUGGACAGAGAAGACAUCAAAAUGCUGGUGAAAAAAUGGAGGGAUAUAUACAAUGAUGAGUCGCUGGAUUACAAGAAUGCCAAUGUCACUAACAAAUUCAUGCCAGUGCUUCCGAAGGGCGGCGUUGUUCGCUACGUAACCGCCCCCUCUGCUGCUUAGUAAAAGUAGAAACGAUAUGACUUAUACACUUCUAAAUGACCGAAAAAAGAAAAGAGAUGUUUGAUUCUUCCUUUUCCCUAUUAUUGAGGUGUCUAGGGUCUAUAAAAAGUAAGUUAUAUAUAGUACUAUAUAGCACGGUUUUGGCUUUGUUCUCUUUGCUUAGA